GCAUAUCGCUGGUGUCGCGCAUAAUUGCGUUUUGUGGAUUGUCCAAUCGCCGGAAUUGUUUACAAGAUUAUCCCCACUCUUGGCAAUAAAUGCCACAGCGAGAGGCCAGAUUACCAGAGACAAAUUUAUUAUUUAUGACCAACCCCAUCCCUCGACCAAUUAGCAGGCUCGUGUCGGUUACGUCACCGGGCGGUGAUCAGAUGAUUGGGCUGCGGAAUUGACAUGAGGUUUGCGGGUAAAACUUGAAGGCGUUACUUCUGGGCUCCCCAAAAUUGUAGCCUUCUGUUCCGAACCACACUCCUAUUUUUCACCCCAGCAAACACAAAACACGGGGUUCGCGCGGAGCUGUAAUUGUCGACAUGGCUCAAUCGACGCUACCGACGAGCAGCAACUCAGCCUUCAGCAAGCCCACGACUUCGGCACCGUCCGCGGCGAGUAGUCCGACCAGCACCGAGAAGCUGCCCUUCAGCGUGGCUUCCCUGAUGGCUGAUAAGCCGAAGGAAACGGAGCAGAACCAGUCCGACAACGGGCCGCCACCUCUCCAAUCUCCCGGCGGGCCUCAGUCGCCUUCCUCCCCGCCGGCCACGGUGCCAACCGCCCCGGCACCACCUCCCUCCCGCCCGUCGGACUUCAGCGUCGAGGGGAUCCUCAGCAAGCCGUGUUCUUCAGAAACUGCAGCGGCAGAGAAGGGACAUGACCCGUCAGGUUUCGCCGCUGCCAGGUUCCCGUGGCUUCAGUCGUCACGUUACUCACCCCCGCCCAAUAGACUCCCGACACCGAAUAAGUGUACGCUUAGGAAACACAAGACAAAUAGGAAGCCCAGAACGCCGUUCACCACACAACAGUUGCUAGCGUUGGAGAGAAAGUUCCGGCAGAAGCAGUACCUGUCCAUAGCCGAGCGGGCAGAGUUCUCAGCCUCGCUAAAUCUGACGGAAACGCAGGUGAAAAUUUGGUUCCAGAACCGGCGGGCCAAGGCGAAACGUCUGCAGGAGGCCGAGCUCGAGAAACUCAAGAUGGCCGCCAAGCCCAUGCUACCGCCCGCACUAGGCAUGACCUUCCCCUCACCGUUUUACGCGGCUGCUUCGCCCUUCCACAGACCAGGACUUCCCGUACAAGCCUGUCAGAUCGGGCCCUACACCUACUAUCCCUCACACACCUACGCUGGCUUCAUCCACUCAUCGUAAAAGACGGGAGGGAGAGGGAGAAAAAACAUUGUACAUGAACUGUGUAAGUGGAAAGUUUAUACAUACUUGUGCGUAAGUUAUGUCAUAUAACUUGAAUGGACAACCGGGCUUAUAGCCUAGCAGACGGACUCAAAAAGGUAUUAUAAAGGAAAAAUAUGCCCGAAACGGGCACUAAGAACUCGUCGACAUCCUUGCAAGUAUGUGCUUUUGAAUGGAUGGAAGGUAUACUAUGUAUUAUUGUAAAUGUGCGCUGUAUUUUUCAAUUGUAUAUUAUGUUGAAUGCUUUUGUUACGAACGACAUAGCAGCUUCAUUGUUGCCGUAAAAUUCACAAGCAAAGAUAUGAGGAGCUUCCGCGAAUAUAUGAACAUAUGUACCAGACUAUUAUGAUGAAAUGUUAUAUUUAUUUUUGGGAAAUGUGUGGACGUUAUAAGAAUAGUGUGGCGGGACAGCUGAAUACGAGGAUGCCCCCGGGUUGCCAGCUAAAGGGUCACCCGUCAAAAAGCCUCUAGCACCCGCUGUGCCGUGAAAGCAACACCGUAUAAAGACCCCAUCAAUCCAAGGACAACGAUCUCUGACACAAAGCGUCAGGAACCCCCUCGAAAAUUCUCUGUAAAAUGAUCUUGUUGACAGAAUUGAAGCUCUUUUAAUGUGCGAAGGCUUUCUCUAAAUGGUGUGCAAUGUGCGUUCUUGUAGUGUUUUCUCCUACUAGUCCACACAGCUAGCCAGGUCUACGUCCCGUUAUAGGAAAAGGACCUUGCACAACCGAUACUGUUUCGGCCGAUGUCAGAAUAUUUUCUUUGGCUCGCAUGCCACCAGUAUGUCACUCAUCCCUCCUCCGUUUAUGUACCACACAGUGUAAAACAGGACUUUAAUGCGGUAUAUAAAUGUACACUUAAUCCUUGAUCAUUAAAGUGUUUCCUGAUAUGUAGAAGCUCGAA